CGCCCACGCAUCUAGAUCAAAAAGUGGGCAGAGCUACAAAGCUUACAAGAAAUCAACAGAACAAGCCCACUCAAAAAAGGCAUUUCCUCCUCUCCUGACUCCCUCAAUUAGCCAUGGCUAGUGCUGUAGCAGGCUCCAGGUUCAAGACCUCCCCCGUCACCAAACGUGUGGCCAUCAAAGCCUUCGUGGAGACCAACAAGCUCUCGUUCAAGAAAGGGCGUGGAUUCUACCAACUCAGCAAGCCGGAGGUUGUACAGGACUACAAAGAGAUCAUCAUUCGCAGGAAGUCAGAUGGUGCUCUAAUUACGGGAGAAAAUGUUCGGGGAGAGCUGGAGAUCCCCAAGUCGUCUAAGAAGCUCACACUUAAUCAGGACGAGCUGCCUGACUUUGAUGUGUUCGUGCAGUCCACCUCUGUAAACAGGGUGCUGCUCCCAGGCACUGACUUCCUGUACGAGGUCGAAGAUGAGCCCGCUAAGGCGAUCCCUCCCACUAAGCCUGUCACUGGUAAGAAGGCCCCAGCCAGAGGAGCCAAACGAAAGGCAGCUGCUGCAGAGCCAUCUGAAGAACCUCCCACUAAAAAAGCACCUGCACGAGCAACAAGAAGUAAAGCUAAAGUUGAAGAGCCAGCUCCGAAAAAGGCACCAGCUCCGAAAAAGACACCAGCUCGAGGCAGUAAAAAGACCGAGUCAACUGCUGCAGCUGCAGCUGCACCAGCGAGGGGAACUAAGAGGAAGGCACCUGCUGACUCCCCUGAGGCGAGUCCAGAGAAAAAGGCUAAAGGCAGCCUACCCAGCCCAUCCAAAAAGGGAGGUGCCUCCACGGCAGCUGUCCUCCCUCCCCCCGGUGGCCCGGUGGAGAUUGUAAUCUCCUUUGACACAACAGGCUCAAUGUACCCCUGCCUAACACAGGUUCGUCGCAAAGUGUCUGAGACUGUGAAGCGUCUCCAGAAGGAGAUCCCAGGCAUUAGAAUAGCCAUCAUUGCACAUGGAGACUACUGUGACUCUGACGUCUACGUCACUAAGAUUCUUGACUUCACCACUGACGAGAAGAAACUGUGCUCUUUUGUAGAGAACGUUGCAUCCACAGGUGGAGGAGAUUGGGAGGAAUGUUAUGAGCUGGUCAUCUAUGAGGCAAGGACAGAGUUGUCCUGGACUCCUGGCACACAGAAAUCUCUUGUGAUGAUUGGGGACGCUAUUCCUCACCCUCCUUCUUACAGCAUGAACACACUCAAAUUAGACUGGAAGAAAGAAGCAAAGAAACUAAAAGACGAACUUGGAUGUCGAAUCUACUCUGUUCAGGCUCUCAACAACUCUAUGAGUACUUCAUUCUAUCGUGAGCUGGCUAGUCUGACCAAUGGCUACCAUCUACAUCUGGACCAGUUUGCGUCCAUUGUGCAGUUCAUAAUGGCCAUUUGCUUCAGAGAACAAGGCAUGGAACAGCUCCAGGCAUAUGAAGAUGAAACGAGAAGUAAAGGCAGUGGAGUAAAUAGAUCACUCCAUAAACUGUUUGACACAUUGGCGGGUCGAGAAACAGCUUUCACGGGAGGUGAAUCGUCCGAUGGGCUAACUCCAGUGCACUCAGGACGAUUCCAAGUACUUGAUGUGGAUGAGCGACAGGAUAUCAAGAGUUUUGUGCAGAAAAAUAGUCUUGUUUUCAAAACUGGUCGAGGAUUCUACGAGUUUACAAAAGCAGAGAAAAUAUCCGACAAAAAAGAAGUUGUUCUUAUUGACAAGGUGACGGGAGACACCUUUACAGGCCCUGAAGCUUGCAAUGUGAUUGGUGCUGGUGGGGCAAGCCGCAUCAAGCCAACCUGUCUCGACAAGUGGAGGGUGUUUGUGCAAAGCACCUCCUACAACAGAGUGCUUAUGCCCAACACAGGUUUUCUCUAUGAGGUGGACCCUGAACAUUAGUGCAGUUGCACGUUUGUAGGCAAUUAGUUCAGUUUAGUUUUUUAUAACAACCAGUUCUUGCAUGUUGUAUUAAAGUGUUCAGUUCACCGC